AUGACGUGCAGUGGAACAAAUGGUGUCCAGGCAUGGGACACUGCGUUUACCAUCCAAGCUAUUGUGGAUGCAGGAUAUGGCGCCGAGCCGGAGUUCCGAUCAUCGCUGGAAAAUGCUUUGAACUAUCUGGAUAUGUCUCAAUUGCGAGACAAUCUGGAUGAUCCAUAUCGACAGCCGCGGAAAGGGGGCUGGCCAUUCAGCACUAAGGAUAAUGGCUAUGUUGUCUCAGACUGCGCAGCGGAGGGUCUCAAGGCUGUAUUGAUGUUUCAACGAGAAUGUAACGGGGAGUGGCUACAGGAAGAUGUGGAAGGCGUGUUCAACAACACAUGGUAA